CACGCACAGUGUCCAAUGUUCCCGAUCCCGAGCUACUUGGAUCCGAUCCCGUUUGGCGGGUUCCACCCCACCCCGCUCUUCAACGAACACGAACUCAUCUCGCUCUUCGACCACGACCCCUUUCCGAGCGCCUUCUCGAUGGACCACCAUCACUCGAUGAUGGUGCUCCCGUUGGACCACCCGCUCGCGCCGCUCCACCUCGCGCAUUCGUCGUACGCAGAGCCGCUGCCGCUCUUCCGCUCCAGCAGCGCGUCCUCGAGCGACUUUAGCAACUGCACCGACCGCGACUCGUUCGACUUUGACAUUGACCUCCCGCAGCCGGCAAGACGCAAGACGUGCGCGACCGAAGGCUGCCACCGCAACGUGCGCUCCAAGGGCUUCUGCAAGCGCCACGGCGGCGGCAAGCAGUGCUGCAUGCACGGCUGCGUCAAGGAAGCCCAAAACGGCAACUACUGCAUCGGCCACGGCGGCGGCAAGUGCUGCAAGAUCGACGGCUGCUCCAACGCCGCGCAGUCCCAGGGCCUCUGCAAGGCCCAUGGCGGCGGCGCCCGCUGCAAGUUCAACGGCUGCGAGAAGAGCUCGCAGGGCGGCGGUUUCUGCCGCUCCCACGGCGGCGGCAAGCGCUGCCUCGAGCCUGGCUGCACCAAGGGCGCCCAGCGCGGCAACAAGUGUGCGAAGCACGGCGGCUGCCGGGCGUGCACAGUCGACGACUGCGUGCGCACGGACCGCGGUGGCGGUCUCUGCGAGAUCCACCGCAAGGACAAGAUGUGCACCGUCAGUGGUUGCAAGCGCCUCGGCAAGACGCUCAACAUGUGCACGCCGCACGUCCGUGAGUUCCGCAACCAGCCGCCGAGCCCUUCGCGCGAGACCAAAUAAGGCGUCGCCUGGCUAUUUAUUGCGACCCCAUUAGCAUUGUACUGUAGUGUAUUAUAAACACAAUCCAUUGUAAUCUACGACAACUAUCCAC